UCUCCUAUCUUCUCCCCGCAGAAGCCCUAGCCGUGGAGGACUAGAGAAGCCGCCGUCCACCGCCAUGACGACCCGCUUCAAGAAGAACCGGAAGAAGAGGGGGCACGUGAGCGCCGGACACGGACGCAUCGGGAAGCACCGGAAGCACCCCGGUGGCCGCGGCAACGCCGGAGGCAUGCACCACCACCGCAUCCUGUUCGACAAGUACCACCCUGGUUACUUCGGAAAGGUCGGUAUGCGCUACUUCCACCGCCUACGCAACAAGUUCCACUGCCCCGCCCUCAACGUCGACCGCCUCUGGUCCCUCGUCCCCGACGCCGUCAAGGACGCUGCCGCUAAGGACGCCGCCGCCGCCCCCCUCAUCGACGUAACCCAGUUCGGAUACUUCAAGGUCCUCGGCAAGGGGAUGCUGCCCCCGGGCCGCUCCGUCGUCGUGAAGGCCAAGCUCAUCUCCAAGAUCGCAGAGAAGAAGAUAAAGGCCGCAGGCGGCGCCGUCGUGCUCACCGCUUGAUCCUGUCGGUUAGUUCCGUAGCCUAAGAGGUGAUCUGGACAUCAAAUUCUCCUGCGUUGUUCGGAUUUUGAUCUAACGACUCGUCUUGAUUACCGUGGUUGCAAACUCUUAGUAAAGUUCAAUCAUUUCUUGUUCUUUCUA